AUGCCGAACAUAAUAAAUGAUAUAAAGCUGGACUUUAAAGACGUGCUGCUGCGUCCGAAGCGGAGCACUCUGAAAAGCCGAUCGGACGUAGACCUUUUCAGAGAAAUUACGUUUCGCAAUUCUAAACAAACAUACAGAGGCAUUCCCGUGAUGGCUUCUAAUAUGGACACAAUUGGAACGUUUGAAAUGGCGAAAGCACUAUCAAAGCAUGGUCUUUUUACUACGGUUCAUAAAUAUUAUACCGCAGACGAAUGGAAAGACUUUAUCGCGUUAAAUCCUGAUUGUGCAAAGAACGUAGCAGCAACUUCGGGAACAGGAAAUGAAGAUUACGAGCGGCUUUCGAGCAUUUUGGAAGUCGUGCCGGAAUUAUCGUUCAUAUGUUUAGAUGUUGCAAACGGAUAUUCACAACAUUUCGUGGAGUAUGUGAGAAAAGUGAGAGCGCGAUAUCCGAAUCACACAAUAAUUGCAGGAAAUGUUGUAACAGGAGAAAUGGUAGAAGAACUAAUACUCUCAGGAGCGGACAUAAUUAAAGUAGGAAUUGGUCCAGGUUCCGUGUGUACAACGCGGAUGAAAACUGGCGUCGGUUAUCCACAAUUGAGCGCCGUAAUUGAAUGCGCGGAUGCGGCGCAUGGCUUGAAAGGGCAUAUUAUUGCCGACGGUGGGUGUACCUGUCCUGGAGAUUUAGCGAAAGCAUUCGGUGGUGGCGCGGACUUCGUCAUGGCAGGCGGGAUAUUCGCGGGUCACGAUGAAUGUGGGGGCGAAAUUAUAGAAAAGAAUGGAAAGAAGUUCAAGCUUUUUUAUGGGAUGUCCUCCAAUACAGCCAUGAUGAAGCAUACCGGUGGUGUUGCAGACUACAGAGCUUCGGAAGGGAAAACUGUCGAAGUGCCUUACAGGGGUUUAGUCGAAAACACUGUGCUGGAUAUACUAGGCGGUUUAAGAUCUGCCUGCACUUAUAUAGGAGCCCAACGUUUGCGCGAAUUACCGCGACGGGCGACGUUUAUACGCUGCACACAGCAAUUAAAUCCCAUCUAUGGACCACCCCCAGAAAUAUAAAGCUUAUAAUUAUUAAAUUGUGCUCCUUAGUAAAAGACUUAGGAAAGAAAUGUUUUAAC